ACAUUGAAACUGAUCGGCUGAGCUGUGACAGCUUGAUAAAUAGCUUUGUCCAGGUCCAAAUCUGUGGACCGUGUAAUUGUGAUUUGAUUUACCUGUAUCGAAUAAAUAAUCCUUUAUUGGAAAUUCCAGUGUGCAGUCAUUGCGGCCUCAAAUUUAAAGGGGCGUCUGGCCUUUAUGAUCAUACAAGGUUGAAGCAUGGUGUUCCAAAGUACACAUGCACUCAUUGCGGCAAGGGAUACCAAAGUGUUGUGCAAUAUAGGGCGCAUGUACUAUCCCAUGUUGAGGAAAAGGCAUUCAAAUGUGAAAGUUGCGAGAAAUCAUAUUCUCAGAAGAGACAACUGAAGGAGCACAUUUCCGUGAAACAUACCCCUGCUGAGUAUGAAGAUGACUAUCGUGGAGUGUGUAAUGUGUGCAACAAAACCAUGUUGAAAUCCAAUCUUAAAAGGCAUAAACAAGCCGCCCAUUGCAAAAUUAAGUAUUCCUGCCCUUUAUGCCAUGCAAUAUUUGCAUAUAAGGGAUCUAUGAAAAGACACCAGAUAACAUGUAGAUUGUAGCUGGUUAAGACAUGUAGCAAUAUUGGCAUAUAAGGGAUCUAUGAAAAGACACCAGAUAACAUGCAGAUUGUA